UUUAAAUCUCAGGAAGAACAAGAAAACUCUCCUCGUCGUUUAAUUUCUUUAGCCAAAUAAAUUUCCAUUUUCAAAACAAUGACAACAAUUCACUUAGCGCAGAUUGUGAUAUGGCUAACUGUCGUAAGAACAGACCCAUUGAGUACCAGGUUGAUGCCCUUUGACGAUGUGCAUGUUGGUAUCAAACUUCACUCAGCUUUAGCGAUUGAGUCCCUGGCCACAACAACGUCACUUCAGUGCACAAUGCAGUGUAACGGGCAUGAACUGUGUUUGUCUACAAACUUAUGCGGAAACCACCUUUGCCAGCUAAACAAAAUUGAUAUGCAUAUGGCCAAUGAUUCUGAUAAAAUAGCAGAUCCAGCAUGUAUUUAUUCGGGAAUGAAGGUAAAUUCAAAACCAAACUGUAAGGAGAAUGGCGCAACAAAAAACAUUCAGGAUGAUGAAAACCCAGGUUUUUGCAAAAUAAAUCAGAGAAGGUCGGAUCAAAGCUGUUCAGACAGUUGGGAGGAGAAAAUCGACUUUAUUCACGAUAGCCACUACAAAAGGUAUCUGUACCAAUCAGCCAGCGGAUUUUCUUUGCACGGAGGAGUUUCUUGUCAAGAUUCUGAAGAGAUACUUGAAUGGUAUGUAUACGUUAAUAGAACUGCAGAUUUUGAUAAUGCAAGUCAAACGUGCCAAAACAUGGGCGGCAAGCUUUUUGAUAACUUUAAGCCUUUUAAAUUACUUCAUCUUGUGUGCAACGAUCUUGCUUACCCUCAUUGGACAUGGCUAGGAUUGAACGAUCGAGAUAAUGCAGGGGUCUACAAAAACGUGUCGGGUGGUGUUGUUGACACUGCUGGGAUUGCUUGGGCUGGAAUCAUAACGUCUCCAGGCGGAAAAUGCCUUGGGGUGCGAUGCAACAAAAUAAGAAAUACUGGGCGUAUUGAUAAGACUAUCGACAAAUACAUUUGCGAUCAAUUUAGUUUGCAUAUAAUUUGUGAUUUAUCUAACGCGAAAAAGCCAGAAAAUUAACAAAUUCGUUUUGGCUCCU